AUGACCACACACAACCCCUCCUACCUCAUUGUUGGUGCCGGUGUCUUUGGCGUGUCAACGGCCUAUCAUCUCAUCCAGAAGUAUCCCAAUGCGUCGGUGACUCUGGUGGACCGAGAUGCAUACGACGCCGAGUCUCGUGUGGCGGCAUCAUGGGAUUGGAACAAGGUUGUCCGCGCCGACUACGAUGACAAGGUCUACUGCCAACUGGCUCUGGAGGCCCAGGACAUUUUCAAAUCGGAUCCUCUUUGGAAGCCUCAUUUCCACCAGACUGGCGUCUACUGGACGUGCCGCAGCAGCUAUGCACAAAAUGUCAUCACCAAUCAUAAGGAGCUAGGCCGCAACGACGAUAUCAUUGCCCUGCCUGUCGCAGAGGCCCGAAAGCUUUACGGUGGUAUUUUUGACAACGCUGACUACACCGGUGUCAAGGAGGUUCUGAUUAACAGGGCCAGUGGUUGGGCCGCCGCCGGUGAUGCUCUUCGAGCAGUCACGAAAAAGUGCCUGGAAUUGGGUGUCAAGUACGUGACGGCUGACAUUGCUACUCUACAAUUUGAUGGUCGCGGUUCAUGUACUGGGGUCAAGACCAAAUCGGGACAGACCUUGUCGGCUACACAUGUUAUCGUCGCUGCUGGUGCUUUCACGCCCACCUUGCUGGAGUGGUCUGCUGCGGCGAGCGGCAAUCCUGGCCUGCGAGCUGAAGAGAGAAUUCUGGCCGCGGGAAUUACAACGGGCAUGGCGCAGCUCAAUGAGGAGCAGUACGAGAAGUUCAAGGACAUGCCCGUUGGCUUCCAAGGCUACACGCCCAAUGAGGGCAAGCCCUUCAUUGGUAGCAUUCCUCCUACCAAGGACAGAGAGCUCAAGUGGUGGGGUUCUAAGAUUUUCACCAACACCCGAGAGGUACUACCCGGUCGUUAUAUCUCAUCGCCCCCUCCCACAUUCGACUACAACCAGUGGAAGGUGCCUGGGCCUCUUAAGCAGGACAUUGUUGAGGCCAGGAAUCUAUGGUAUGGGCCCGCGAGCGCAGAUUGGAAGAUGACGAAACACCGAAUUUGCUGGGACGCUUUCACCACUACCUCUGAUUUUAUCAUUUCUCCUCACUCUGCCUCCAAGGGUCUCUACAUCGCCACUUGUGGUUCGUUCCACGGCUUCAAGUUCUUUCCCGUGCUGGGCAAGUAUGUCGUACAGAUGCUUGAGGGCGAGUUAGCGCCAGAAUUGAUCGAGAGAUGGGCUUGGGAUCGGCAGCGUCCUGAUUCGUCCCAAAACGUUGAGUAUCCAAACGCUGAGAUGAAGCAUCUUUUGCAGCCUGCAUCGAAGCUAUAA